AUGGCCCAAGUCGCGGGUGACAAAGUCAUGACCGAAGUGUCGGCGGCGGCGACGCCUCCAGGCAGCAGCGGGGGCGACAACCGGCCGCGCCCCCGCACGUCCUUGAGCCGGCAGAGCGUGCUCCCCGUGUUGCAGUUCUGGAAGGCCUUCGAUCUCGACAGCAAGCGCGUGCAGCUGGACUCGCAGGGCAGCACCAUGAAGAGCGAGAAAGAUGCGAGCGUCCGCUCCCGCAAGAAGCUGGCGGAGACUACCAAGCACUUCCGACGUCUGGCCACUGACGCCGACAAGGCGGCGGGGGCGGGGCCAUUGCUCAAGGCCUACCAGGAGGAGAUCGACCACCUCACCCGCCGAGCCAAGUUCUCGGAGAACGCCUUCUUCCAGCUCUACAAGGGCCUCUAUGCUGCUCCCGACCCUGCACCAGCAUUAGCAUUGGUGGCUUCAAGUUCCGCUACGGAUGAGCUGACGGAGGAGAACAGGAAGCUCAAGAGGGAGCUCAAGGAGUACGAGGCGGAGUUCGCGACGCUCAAGAACCAGGACAUCACCAUUCGGAACUUGGAAGAGCAGGUCGCUGCCGCUGCGAGGGAGCAGGACGACGUGGUGCACCUGCAAGUGGAGCAACGCACGAGGGAGCUGGAGGAUCAGCUGGAGAAUGCAAGACUGGAGUGGGCCCAGCAACGCCGUGACUACGAGCGACAGCUGGAGGCGUCGCGUGCGGAGCUAAGGGAGACGUUUGCCAAGAUGGAUGCGAUGCAGUCGGAUCUGUUCGCGCACAAACAGCGCUCGGGACUUGCCCGUAAUGCGCUCGACGCGGAGAUGGAAGCUAUUUCACAGGAGUCGCUGCUCUCGCAGACGCUGCAGCUGGAGAACGCCCAACUGAAGAAACAGCUUGACGAGUUGUUGAGCGCUUCGACCUCGUCCGAGAUCUUCGACGCGCGCGCGGAGAUGCAGGCAGAACAGGAUUCCGUUGUGGCGGCGCUGCGACAGGAGGUCUUCCGUCUGAAGGAGGCCCAAUCGACGGCGAGUGCAGCGGCAACCGAGGAGUCGAAGCGACUGAAGAGUGCUCUAGAGAACGUGCAGCAAGUGCAAAAGGAUAUGGAAGCGCAGCUUGCGGCGAGACCAACGAUUGAGAAGUUCCACGAGGUGACGCGCCAGCUGCGUGUGUUGCAGCAGCUAGAGUACAACAUCGUCGACGACGAUGACGAAAGGACCAAGACUUCUUCAGUAGAUGCUGCGGAGAACAGCGAAGCUGCAGGUGGUCUGGAGGCUGCUACAGUUGAAGUGGAAAAGAUUCUUGUGUCGCGUGUACGUCGUCUCGAGCAUUCGCUCCAGGAGUGUGAGCGCACGCUUCAAGCUCGGACAUCAGCGCUGCAAAACGUCCAAGGGGAACUCCACGACCGAGACGCCAAGAUUCGUGAGCAGGCAACCCUGAUCCGCAAUUUAGAGGAGAGUGUGGCUGCGCUAGAGAAAGCUCGACGAAACCGCAGCACAACUGGAGUCAUCGGUGGCGACAUUGGGUCGGAGAUCCUCAUGGACGCCAUGGAGGACCAAUUUGCGGGAACUUCAGGAUCUUCUCGCGGCAACGCGACUGCAUCAGCGACAGCAGACUCAGCGUCUUCGAACUCGACCACCUCGUCCGAUAGCAAGAUGCUGGAGAUUGUCCGUGGCCAGCGUGAUCGAUUCCGCGAGCGCAUGAAGGAGCUCCAGAGCGAGAAGAACCGCGUGGAGGAGCUCGCGCAGUCGUACAAGAGCACGGUGGCGCGUCUCGAGACGGACAACAUGCAGCUCUACCACAAGAUCCGAUACCUGCAGAGUUACGGCGGUGACGGCAAGUCCGCGGGUUCGCGCGUCAAGCCCAGUUUCUCCGCGCUGGAAGACGGAUCUGGGGGUGCGUCCGACGUCGAGGCGCGCUACCGAGGAAUGUACGAGGAGAAGAUGAACCCGUUCGUGCAGUUCAACAAGAUGGAGAACCAGCAGCGCUUCACGAACCUCAACCCGGUGGACAAGAUCCUGCUGACGAGCGCCAAGCUGCUGCUGGCUCACCGCAUCACGCGCAACAUGGCGUUCGGGUACAUGUUGCUGCUGCACUUCCUCGUGGUGGCCACUCUCUAUUCGUUCAUGCACGUCUGCGGGGUCACCAACGACUCGUAG